AUGCAUACGAGGAAAGUACGAAUUGACUUUGUUGGGAAGAGGAACAACCAUGGGAGACUUAUGCGGCUGUCACAGGGUGGGCUGCGUCCCCACUUCAGAGAAUUGGCCACAGAAGGGGGGGUUGAGCCCGCGCCCGCGCUAGGCGCCCUGACGAAGGUGGUCCUCUACCCGAUGACCCCCGCACAGCGACCCAACAGCGACAAAAUUUUCUCGGCCUACACCAAAAGCUACAUCCACAAGGAGAGCGAACAGGCUCUCAUUCUAUGUCUAAAGAGACUAAACGAAUUGGAAAGAAACAGGAGGGCUGUGAAACUGUCCCAGUAUAUAUACGAAUUGCAAAACUUAGCCAAAUCGAAGGUGACUUAUAACGUGCUGAAACAGAUAAAGUUAAUUCAGGACUUAUUGGAGAGGGUCAACACACAGAUAGGAACCGAGUCAUUAUCCCCAUCGCUUCUACUUUCCUUGGCGAUGAGUUACAAACACUUACGCCUGAAUAAGUACACCUAUUUUAAGAACGUCCUCCGUGCUGUGUGUAGUAAUAUAAGAGUAUACAAGAGGAACAAAUUGACCAGACUGGUUUCCUCGGAGGAGAGGAAUAUCCAAUCGAGUGACGACUACAAACAGACGGUGGAGUUAAUAAAAAGGGCGAACAAGCAGCGUCGGAAUGAAAGACGAAUAAACAUGCUAAAUGUAUUUACCAAUUUGCUGAAUAACAGCACUCUGAGUUAUAUCCUCUAUGCAUACUCCACUAUGUUUUGCUCCCCUAAUGAAUACGUCCUCUAUAUGUGCAAAUAUAUUCUUCUGAAUUCUUCCAUGCUGAACCAUCUCGACAUGCUUUGCAUUUUACACUUUUUGAGGAGAAUCAAUGUGAAGAUUCGCCAAAGCGACAUUGUGGGAUAUUCGAAUGGGAAGGCAGCCAUGCGGCGUGGAGAGGAGACCAAGUUGGGUAAGCUAAGCCUUACAGAAGACGAAACACCGUUAAGCAGUAGGGAUCGGCACAGUGAUGCACAGAAGAGGGAGGCUAUUCGUGGGGAUCAUCCCACCUUGGGUGAAAGGGGAAGCCAACUCAUGGCUAAUCACACCAAUCAGCUGAAGAGCCGCCGCGGAAAGGACCCCUAUGAUGAGCACAGGAAUACCUACCUGAAGCUGCUCAGGUGCAUAAUUCACAUCGUGAAGAAGAGAAAGACUCAUUUCUGCGAAAAGCCAACCAUCUUAAUAUCGAUUCUGUACAAUUUCUACAAACUCAACUUGGUUCCCAUUGAGAUAUUUUACUCCUUUCAUAACCGCAUAAAGAAGGAGAUAAAAAAUGUGGAGGUGAAGUCUAUCGCUCUUUAUCUGCACAUUCUGAGUGACAUUCAGUUCGACCUUCGCUACUACAAAUGUGUCUAUAAGCAUCUGGCUCUCCUUUUUGAGGGUCGCGAGAGGCCGUUCGAUCUGCUGUCCGUCUCUUUGUCUUUUUACUCACUUGGGAGGAACAUGCACUACGACGAGUCCUUCGUGGGGGCCUGCCUGGAGAUUUUCCGACGGCACCCGCACAACCUGAACGACGUAAACAUCACGAACGUGAUUCACACCAUGGGGAAGCUAAAAAUCGCAGACGAGGAUUUGCUGAACAAGCUGUGCCAAGUGGUAACAAGAAGGAUGGAUAACAUCUCCGCGAUAAAUCUAAGCCUCAUCGUGCUUAGCUUAGCCAAGCUGAAGUAUCAAAAUGGGGAAUUCUACCUUCUGUGUGUGGAAAAGGGGAAGGAGUUACUACCCUCCUUCACAGAGAAACAGUUAGUUAUCUUCACCUACGGAUUGGUAUUAACUCAGACGUUUGAUUAUCCUUUCAUGGAGAUGUUCUUUAGGCAGUACAUAAAGAUUGCUAAUACGUGUAAUAAGAAAAGGAGGCAGAUGCUGGGAACUAUCGGUUAUUGCCUCUGUCUCGAGAGACCUUCCUUUUUGGAGCACUUUCCCCUCUCCAUUAAUACCUUCCUGAGAAAGAACCUCCAUUCUGUGCAGGACAAAGAGUGGAGAAAACUGCACGACGAGUUGGCCGCUAUCUUGAAGCACCUGCGUGUAGACCGCUUCGAAAUUUUAAAGAGAAAAAAACCCUACGUGUUUGAUAUUUCCAUUGGGGGAGGAGGGACAGAAGGGACGGAAGGGACUGCACUACGCGAAUUAUUUGUAGACUUCCUCCUUCCGAGAAAACUCCUGCGCAAUUCGUGCAGCCUCAAUGGAUUCCAGCAAAUGAAGAAGCGACACAUGGCUCUGCUUAACGUGGAUCUCUUCCAUCUGGACGUCCACUCGUACAUGGGUCUCCAGUCCAUGGAGGACAAGGUCAAUUUUGUUCAGAGAUUCCUCAAAGAGGUUUGCUCCUACAAUUUGAACCAUCUUGGCGAAGCGGAGAAGGGGAAGAGGGAAAAGAUAGUCGAGUUGGUUCGGUUCAGAGAGGAGGCUACUAAUCUGGGAAGGCUUCCUUCUCCACAGAGGGAAAGCAGCCCCCCGAUUAAGAAUCGAGACUAUCACAUCUUCCCCUCGUGCGCCAAAGUAGAGAAUGCAAAGAGAGGCCUCUACAAAAAUCACCCCGCGAGAGUGAACUACGAAGAGCCAUUUAAGAAAAGGAAGCAAAUUUUCCUCGACAUCGAUGAAGAGAAGUUGUUCAGUCGUAGUGACAUGGACUCGCCAAACAGUUUGACAGACCACAUGGCAGCACAACUGGGGGAUACACACGACGGCUCCACCCAUUUGAAGCACUCUUCCGAAAAAAAGGAGACCCUCCUUUUUGGAAGGAAGUGUCACGGAUUAAACAAAUACGAGUACGUCGAUGAGCGCAGUGGGAAGAUUAUUGUCACGAGGGGGUACGGGGUUGCAACGUAG